AUGUCGACUAUGUUGGGUGGAACCGGGAAGUCGACUAUGUUGGGGAACCGGGAAGUCGAUUAUGUUGGGGAACCGGGAAGUCGACUAUGUUGGGGAACCGGGAAGUCGACUAUGUUGGGGAACCGGGAAGUCGACUUUGUUGGGGGAACCGGGAAGUCGAUUAUGUUGGGGGAACCGGGAAGUCGACUAUGUUGGGGGAACCGGGAAAUCGACUAUGUUGGGGAACCGGGAAGUCGACUAUGUUGGGGAACCGGGAAGUCGACUAUGUUGGGGAACCGGGAAAUCGAUUAUGUUGGGGAACCGGGAAGUCGACUAUGUUGGGGAACCGGGAAGUCGACUAUGUUGGGGAACCGGGAAGUCGACUAUGUUGGGGGAACCGGGAAGUCGACUUUGUUGGGGGAACCGGGAAGUCGACUUUGUUGGGGGAACCGGGAAGUCGACUUUGUUGGGGGAACCGGGAAGUCGACUAUGUUGGGGAACCGGGAAGUCGACUAUGUUGGGGAACCGGGAAGUCGACUAUCCGGGAACUCUUUCAUGUUAGAGAACUCGGAAAUUCGCUAUGUUAGGGACCCCGGUAACUCGUUUAUGUUGGGAACUCCGGUAAUAGUUCAUAUUGGCGAACCGGAAACAGAGAUAAGGAAGGAAUGUGUUAAGUGGGUCCCCUUAGGCUUGAGGGCGGGUCUGUCCCCCACGGUCUGGGUCAUCGUCAAACGGGCGUCAGACAAUGACCUAAAACAAGACAUCGAAAAUCGUCGUGCCCUCCGCAAACGUUUUCGAACGUUUUCAGGCGUGAGGCUUCAGUAUCACACAAGAUAUACAACUCUGCCACAGCACAGGCUCCUUGUCUCCGUGCACGUGGUGCCCGAGUCGAGCGAUCUCCGGUGCGAUGUGUGCGGCCGCGAUUUCGACAGACGCUCGAGAUUAGAGGCUCAUUACAAGACGCACACGGGCGAAAGGCCUUUCUCCUGUCCAUUUUGCGGCAAGAGUUUCGCCUCCAAAGGAAACUGCAACACACACAUGCGCGUGCACACCCGCGAGCGCCCGUACCAGUGUCCCCAUUGCGAGAAGAAGUUCUCGCAACACGGCCAGCUCGUGAUCCACAUCCGGCGCCACACGGGGGAGAAGCCCUACGUCUGCCCGCACUGUAACAAGGGCUUCACGUGCUCCAAGGUGCUCAAGAUUCACGUCCGGACGCACACCGGCGAGAAGCCCUUCCAGUGCGAGUACUGCCACAAGGGCUUCGCCGCCUACGCCAACCUGGUGGUGCACCGCAGGAUUCACACUCGCGAGCGGCCCUACGCGUGCCACCUGUGCGGCCGCGCCUUCGAGCACUCGGGCAACCUCAGCCGCCACGUCCGCGUGCACAGGGUGGACGGCGGCGUGCGCUGCAUCCCCUGCGGGCAGGUGUUCUCGUGCGAGCAGGACCUGGUGGCCCACACGGCGCACCACCACCCGAACGAGCACACGCGCGAGGACGAGGCCGACCCCGACGGCCCCUCGCCGCCCGCGCCCUCCACCAUCAACCUGCAGGACCUGGAGCAGUUCCAGCCGCCCCACGGCUACCAGCCGCCCGCGUGCGAGCCCCAGCUCACCCUCCUGACGCCCCUCGCGCCCUCGCCGCCCUCCGAGACGGCCCUCCCGCAGCCGUCGGAGGCCGAGGACGCGCCAAGCGAGGCCAGGGGCUGCAUCACGCUCAGCGACUCGGAGGACUCAGGGCGCGAGUCGGGCGGCAGCACCGGCUACGCCACGUCGCCCGACCAGGCGUUCGAGCGCCAGGCGCAUCAGUCGCCCGAGACGACCCUGAAGGCGGAGGCGCCGGAGGCCGCGCCGCCGGACACCAAGCCCCCCGGCUGCAUCAUCUCCACCACCACCCACCGCGACGGCGUUAGGGAGACGCUGGCCACGACGCUGCCCAGUGCCAUGCCCGCGCCCGCGCCGCACAUUAGGAUGCCGCCCAAGAAGCAGCAGUACCCGGGCGGGGGCCGCACGCCCCUCAGCGUGCUGCGGGCGGCCCUCUCCACGCAGCGCCCCAACCCCUCCAUUGCUCAAGCGCCCCAAACCUCGCCUCUCGCCGCGCAGCCUGCCUCGUCGAUGGCGCCGCCGCCGCCCCUGUCGGCCGCGUCUCCCCCUAUCUCCUCCCUGGCGCCGCCGCCCCUGCCCAUGGCGCCGCCACCCAUUUCGACCAUGGCGCCGCCGCCGCCCUCCUCCCUAGCGCCGCCCCUCGCCGCCCGCCUGGUGCCCCCGACGGUCGCGGUUCCCUCCGACGCCGCCUUCCCGCCCGAGCCCAGCGGCCAGAACUCCCCCCACCUGAACAUCCACCAGCUGUCCCUGGGCCACCAGACCUCGAUCGCGGGGCACGCCACGCCCGUCGGCCUCGGCGCGGCGCCCUUCCCCCGCCCGUGCCCCUCCGAGGCCGAGACGCACGGCGGGGACGCCUCGGCGGAGCGCCUCUCGCCCCUCUACCGGUCGUCGCCGCGGCCGCAGUCGCCCCUCGACGCCGACGCCAACCCCCUGGACCUGUCCCGCCCCCCCGGCCCCCACGGCGGCGGCGGGGGGGACGCGUCGCCGCUUAACCUGUCGCAGCGACUCGCCGGCGCGCAUCAUGGCAGUGCUGAGUCAUGCCUCGUCGGUUACGGCAGUCAGGCGGCGUCCGGCGCGCCCCACCUGCUGGCACCGGCGCCCCCGCUCACCGGCCACCUCCUGACGACGCCCCUGCCCGCCCCAUCGUCCUCUCGCUCCAACAUCCUGCGCAGGAAGUCGGCCGACGUCGCCCACGCCGACCCCAAGAAGAAUAAGUCCCGGAAGGUGGCGCCGCCGCCCCUCAUCCCCAUCCGCGGUACCGAGGAAGCGCCCACGCCCGCCCCGUCCUCCCGCCCGCCGGAAGCGCUCGCCCACCACCACCCAUCCUCCAUGCCUGCGGCGCCUCCCUCUUCCUCCGCCUGCCACCCCUACCGCGCCCACAUCCCCUCGGCGCCCACGUCAGCGCCUUCCACCCUGGUCUCCUACGCGCCCGCCCUCUCGACCACCUGCAAGACCUCACACGCGCUGCCCUCGAGCCUGUCCCCCCCGCUGUCCUCGUACGCGCCCCACUCCCCGCCAUGCCCUCGAGGCUGCAGGUGCCCAUCCCGUCGCCGCGCUCCAAGCUCGAGGACCCCGACCCCGACGUCAUCGUGGAGUCCGACCUGCCCAAGUUCCUCUCGUCCUCGAAGCCGAGCCUCUCGUGCGUCUUCCCCGACUCGAGCGGCGGCGGCGGCGGCGGCGGCGUCGGGGGAGGCACGUCCUUCCCCCCUCGAGAGCAUGAGGGAGAACAUCCAGAGGUCGCUGCUGUCGCUCCUGCCCGGCGAGCAUGAAGCGGCCUCCUUCAAGAGGAAGGUGGAGACGGCGCUGGUGGUGCUCGUCGGCGAGGCGCCCAUGAAGCAGCUCGGGUACCCGGAGAAGACGGCCGAGCAGGUUCUGAUCACCAUCCUGGACAUGGCCGGCAAAGGUCCCUGUGCAGACGUGCGGGUGGACGAACUACAUCGCUUGAAGGUCAACAUGAGAAAGUUCCUCGAGUACGGCUUCCCCUCGAGGACGAGCUGGGAGGAACUCGGCUGGAGCGGCAGGUCCAUCGACAGCAUCAUGGACAACAUCAUCUCGUGGAUCUCGCAAAGACAGAACUCAGGGCUGAAGGGUCUACACGUCGGGUUCCUUGAGAAAGGUGGAGGAAUAGGGGUAUAG